AUGGCGGCGGAGGGGGAGCGGUUGACCUUGGUUGACGGAGAUGUGGAGCGCCUAGAUUUCUUAAGGGAUAGACAUGUCCGAUUCUUCCAGCGUUGCCUCCAGGUCUUGCCUGAGCGCUAUUCUUCCCUCGAAACGAGCAGGUUGACAAUUGCAUUUUUUGCACUCUCUGGGCUGGAUAUGUUGGAUUCAUUAGAUGUGGUGAACAAAGAUGAUAUCAUAGAAUGGAUUUACUCCCUGCAGGUUCUUCCUACAGAAGACCGAUCAAAUUUAAAUCGCUGUGGUUUCCGAGGCUCUUCAUACCUGGGUAUUCCAUUCAAUCCAUCUAAGGAUCUUGGCAUAGCUCAUCCUUAUGACAGUGGACAUAUAGCAAUGACUUAUACCGGACUAUCAUGCUUAGUUAUUCUUGGAGAUGAUUUAAGCAGAGUAAAUAAAGAAGCCUGUUUAGCAGGAUUGAGAGCGCUUCAGCUGGAAGAUGGAAGUUUUUGUGCUGUACCUGAAGGUAGUGAGAAUGACAUGAGAUUUGUCUACUGUGCUUCCUGUAUUUGUUACAUGCUCAACAAUUGGUCAGGCAUGGACAUGAAGAAAGCCAUAGAUUAUAUUAGAAGAAGUAUGUCUUAUGACAAUGGACUGGCACAGGGAGCUGGACUAGAAUCUCAUGGAGGAUCAACUUUUUGUGGCAUUGCAUCAUUGUGUCUGAUGGAUAAGUUAGAAGAAGUUUUUUCUGAAAAAGAAUUAAACAGGAUAAAGAGAUGGUGCAUAAUGAGGCAACAGACUGGUUAUCAUGGACGACCCAAUAAACCUGUAGAUACCUGCUAUUCUUUUUGGGUGGGAGCGACUUUAAAGCUACUGAAAAUAUUCCAAUAUACAAACUUUGAGAAAAACAGAAAUUAUAUCUUAUCAACCCAAGAUCGCCUUGUAGGUGGAUUUGCCAAGUGGCCAGAUAGUCACCCAGAUGCUUUGCAUGCAUACUUUGGAAUCUGUGGUCUGUCACUGAUGGAGGAAAGUGGAAUUUGCAAAGUUCAUCCUGCCCUUAAUAUAAGCACACGGACUUCUGAACGCCUUCAAGAUCUCCAUCAGAGCUGGAAAACCAAGGACUCUAAACAAUGUUCAGAGAAUAUGUAUAUUUCUACGUGACUUAUUUGGAGUUUGUGGGAGGGAAAUAAGGUCAAUAACCAAUAGCAUAUUAUUUAGACCAAGGCUAAAAGCCAUGCAUAAACAAGUGUGCUAUUUUUUUUUUAAGGGAUAGAGUCAUACAAUCAAAUCUUAUACUGGUAUACUUUGGAAUGUCGUUUUGAGCUUACCCCUUUGCACUGUGAUUCAAGAAUGUUUCAUUUAUGUUGAUGCUUGCCACUGUAGAAUCUGAUGCUUCUUCAAGUGGCUUAUAUUUCUUAGAAAUCCCUUGAAGCAAAUGAACUAUAUAUGUGUAUUUGUUAAUUUUUUAAGAAGUUUUCAAUACAAACCAUGUCAAAGUGCAUUAAUCAAAAAGUUUCUUCAAAACAAGUUUACACUUCAUAUAACACUAACAACCUUCCAGAGACUA